ACUGUUGAGUUAAUGAGAAUUCCAGACACUGGAUCCCGGGUAAGUGCAAUAUGUAUUUCUCAUUCUAUUCAUUUACUGUAUAUGGUAUGGCUAGAAGUGUUAUAUCUAAAUAUUUUUAACAAAGAUCAUUCCCCUUGGCUUAAUUUGUACGGAAUCACACGUUAUUCUCAAGACAAUCUAUUAUUCUGGGUAUUUUAUAUUGAGCGUAACAAGAGAUAUGGAGUUUGUCCUAGUUGCAAAAAAUUCAACACAAAUAUUGCAUGGUGCAAAUCGUGCGACACAUCUGUUCUUAUAUCUCAAUUUGAAAAUUGGACUAGCGGAGACAAGAAAAUUGAUAAAUUUAUACAGAAUACGCAAAGAGAUUCCUUUCACUACAAAAACUACUUAGAAUAUAUUCCAUUUGACCGUUUCAAAGAUGUGAAAUAUCUAGCAAAAGGAGGAUUCAGCACAGUGUAUCAAGCCACUUGGCUAGAUGGUUUUCGAACUUUUUAUAAAUCACAUAAGAAUCGAUUAAAGCCAAAAUCUGUUGUUUUAAAGACGUUUCCAAAAAUUACAGGGAAGGAUAAAUAUUGCCUUAAAGAGAUCAUAGCUCAUCAAAAUGUCACAAUUAGACGAAAUGGACGAAGGAGUGACGCAAUUCAUCCGCAUGGAAUUACAUGUCACCCGCAUUCUAUGGAAUUUUUUAUGAUUUUUGAUUAUGCUAAGGAAGGGAAUCUACGUCAAUAUUUACGAAAUAACUACCACCGAAUAAAAUGGAUUGACAAAUUGAGAAUACUAAAGGAAAUAAGUAAACAAUUAUUUGCUGUUCAUACCCAUGGAUUUCUGCAUAAUGAUCUUCAUAGUGGCAACGUUCUUUUUUCAUCUCAGGGAAAAAGCUUUGUAUUUGAUUUUGGCUUAGCAGAGAAAAUAUCGGAAAAUUCUAAUGAUUUAAACCAAUCAAGGAUACCGGGA